AUGACAGAAUCUAAAACAACCCUACCACGAUGGUCGGUAGAAAGGAUUAGAAUCAUCAUCUUGGCAUUUGCUGUGACGUUAGUAGCAGGUUUUGGGUAUCCAUGGUAUUUAGCCACCACCACUAUUCAUAGAGCGACAUUACCUGUUGGAGAGAUCAAUGAUUUAACUACUGAUGUUGUUAAAUUUAACAUACCCGUGUAUCUUAACUUAUCUAAUGCAUCAGAAGAUUUCAUACAUAAAAGUCAAACAGCCUUGAAUACCAAAUUGUACUCCGAAUACCCUGGAUUGAAAGAUUUUUGGUCAAUUGAAUUGAGACGUGUGAUAGAUCAUAUGGAUGAAUCUCAAGAUUAUAUAAUAAACUUCAAUAUUUUACCCGAUAAAGAAGAAGAAACCUUCGAAACUGUAUUUGUGUCACCAUUUUCCAAACGUACAGAUAUAGAAUUAACCAAUAAAGUGAUUUUAUCCAAUAGAGUUGAAGAAUUUUUAUGUGACACGUUAAUGAAUAGAUUAUUCAAAUUUGAAAUCCUGAAAUUUAAUGAUCUAAAGAAAGGUUUAAAUACUGAUCAUAUUGUAUUCCCUUAUUCUUCUCAUUAUAAUUUGGUUUUCUCACUCUUUGUGGAGGACGGUACACCUGUUAGUUGGCAAUCAGAAGAUAUUAUUGGGUUAAUGAACCCCUUACUUCAACAAUUGAAUCAUUUUAGUAAUUUUACCAUUUCCACUCAAAUCCAAUAUUAUUCUAACUUGAAUAUUCCUGUGGAAGAAGGUGAAAAUCUUGUGGUUAAACAAUCAGAUUUAUCCACUUUUAUAAAUUAUGGUGAUUGGAAUUUGAAUAAUAAUGAUAUUAAUCCAACAAUUAACUUUAUUUUAUAUUUCCCAAAAGCUACAUAUGCAUCUAAAUCCAUGAUAAUUGAAAACUCCAAAACCAAUUCCUUUUUGAUUCCUCAAUGGGGUGGUGUUCAUAUUUUCAACAAGAAGUUUGAUGUUUAUGAUGAUAAUGACCAUUUUGUUAUAGUUAAGGAUGAAUUGAUUCCUAUUUUCGAAACUUUUUCAUCACAAUUAUUCCAAUUAUUGGGUUUACCAUUAUCUGAUGAGUCAGAUAUCACUUCAAAAUCAUUAUUAAUGAGAAUAGAUUCUUUAACUAGAUUAUCCACAUAUAAACAUUAUACUCAAUCGAUUCAAAUUUUGAAAUCUUUAGUCAAAUUGACUAAUGAAUUGAAUGAGAUUUCGAUUCCUGAAAUCACUAAAUCUUUCACUUUAGAUGCUUUGAAUAACUUGAAACGUUGUAAAGAUUCACUUACUUUGCAACAAUUCAAUGAUGCUAUUAUUCAAUCAUCUCAAUCAUUAAAGAACUCCAAUAAUGCAUUUUUCGAGAAGGAAAUCGUUCAACAAGUUUAUUUCCCUAGUGAACAUAAACUUGCGGUAUUUUUACCCUUAAUAGGACCUAUUUGUUCAAUGUUGACGAUGAACAGUAUCAGACAAAUCAAAGACUGGAGAUCAAAAAAAUCUACUUAA